GGCAAGUCAGCCUGUCUUCCAAAAGUCGUAGCCAACUUCAUUUUUUCCAAGUUGUUUGAGCUUGUGUUCUUUUUUUUGCGAAGGUGGGGGGGAGUUAGUGGACCUUGCCGUCUUGUCAGUCUUUCGGUCAAGCCCAUUUGGACUGAAGCGCAUCUAGCAAAGCGUUAGCUUGUCGUCAAAAACGAAGCGAAAUCAUUGCAUGCAAUGGGGAAGCCUGCAUGGCUAUGGCGGACAACGUCAUCUCGUCGUCGCCUAGUCGUUUGCUUCGUCAUCGCCUGCAUGGCUCUCCUUUGCUCAUUGCUCUCCAAGUAUCCUCCUCCUCCCCUGGGUGUUCUUUUUCCGUCCGCGAGCACCUCCAUCUCCAUCCCCAUCUCCACCUCCACCUCCACCUCCACCUCCACCUCUCUCAUUGAGAAUUUUGCCCGCCUCAACUCCAGCCACCAUGACAAUUGGUAUCCCGACGACGGUGGCGUUCGCGGUGAUGGUGGAGAUGAACUCCGACAGCAGACAUUUGUCGACGACGAAGCAACUGGCGAUAGGGAUCGGGACACUCCCCCUCGCGGGGACCUCCCACCCCUUCAGGGCUUCCUGGGCUUUUCCUCUUCGCCCUCUGCUUGUGAUGAGGAUGACUCAAGCUUCGCCAUCGAUGGCCGGUGUCGAAGGCUCGCUGCUGGGGCUGGGCACCCACCCAGCCCAACGCGAACCACGUCAUUGCCUCAUGCAUCAGCAACAGAAGAGCGGGGAAGUGGUGGGCAGAGGGGAGGUGAAGAUGGUGAAGGAGGAGCUCAUGAAACACUUCCGCUGGAGCCGCCUGAUUGGCGGCAGGCAGCGCGACGUUUCCCCUCGUCCGCCGCCAACUGUGCGGCAGGAAUACUGGAUAGACCGCCCCCUCAGCUGCUGAUUAUCGGCUCCCAGAAGGCGGGAACUACCUCAUUGUAUAGGUACUUGUGCGAUCACUAUCCGGACGUAGCUUGCAUUGCUAGAAACAAGGAACCGGGGACGCUUGCGUGGAGGGCGUGUCUUCAAAGACGGCAUAAUGGCUGUUUGAUUCCCGAACAGCCAAUCGACGACGCAGAUGACCAGAUCGACCAGAUCGACCAGAUCGACGCCAUACAGGAUCCGAUGGAUCAGAUCGAGGACGCAGAGGAUCGCACCAGUAAAGGGAAAGAGAGGAGGUACAAGACAUAUCUCAGCACCGCUUUCCGGAUGGAGCAGGCGCCGCAGAGAAAAUUCGUCACCAUCGAUGCCACGACUUGGUACUAUAUGGAGCCUUCAGCCCUGAAGCUGGUGGAGGAGCUGCUGCCUUGCAGUUUGCUGAUCUUGUGUGUGCGAGAACCUCUCUCCAAAGCGAUUUCUUGGUAUCGUCAUCUGACUCAAAGGCCAGAGAAAUGGCCUUUCUUGCUCCAAGCUGGUGAAGAGGAGAACGGGGUCAGCACGAGUGGAUCACUGGGAGCAAGCGAGGCCGGCGAGCUGGAAUGGGAGAGAAGCGGAGGAGGACGAGAUUUGCUCCAAGAAAGCAACAAGACUGAGUUCAUCAGCCUGGAAGCAGCACUGGCUGCUGAGCUGGCUCUGAUGCGAAUGUGCAGGAAUCUCGCUGGCCUGCCACGUGUUCAAUCUGACACGGGCUUCUUGAUCGACGAUGAUGAAGACGCAGAAGGGGAAGCGGAGGAAAAGGAAGAGCUUUCCUCCUCUCCUCCUCCUCCUUCUCCUCUUGCACCUGCUGCUGCUGCUGACGUCACCCAUGUUGAUCGUCAUCCGAUAACGUCUCCUGAUGCUCAACCUUCUAGUGGUAGGAGGAGCAGGUGGUCGGUCCACACUCAAACUCGUGGCCGUCCUGAGCCAAAAGAUCAAACGUCUCAAGUUGAUGGUGAUUGGUUGGAAAGAGGGACACAAGCGGGGUUUGAUGGACCUCAAUCUGAGCUCGAUGAUGGUUCGGAGUCUUCAGAUGGACCAGGAUAUGAUGAUUCAAGAGCUGUGGAUGGACCUGGAUCCGAUACUGGUCAUCCAGAUGGACCAGGGGGAGGAUCCUUCGGAGCAUCCGGACCUGAGGGUGAUGGUUCCACAGAUGGGCAACCACGACCUUCCAGACUUUCAAGGGAUACAGAUGCGAGGAGAAGAAAGCUUCUUCAAGUUCACUUGAAACAAGAGAAAGAAGAAGAGAUAGCAGAGCUAGGGGAAGAUGGAGAAGAGAAAGAAGAAGGAGAUGCAGAGUAUAACGACCCCAGAUUCUCAAAGUUCCUUCGCUGCAUGCACCGGCGAUAUCCCCUCAAGCAAGGGUUUGUUGACGGCCACAUUAAUCAGCGAUCGGCCAUGGGAGAACCACUGCCAAUGCCGGACUCAGAGGGGAAAGUGUCCCGGCCCUCCCGGGAGCUGACGGCACUGGACGGGAUGAAACGGAUUGGUCCGACGAGGUCAGUUGAACGCUCGUUGCAAGGGAGGGAGGGGGGACACCGAAAACCUGUCGGCGGGUUGGUUGGACGAGACGGGCUCCUUCUACCUGGUCUGUACGCACACUUCUUGGACCUGUGGAUUCGAACCAUUGGAUGGGAGAGAGUCAUGGUUGUCAAUUUAGAUGCGUGGAAGGAUCAUGCCAAGCCUAUGCUUGACAAGGUGACGGAUUUCCUAGGCCUCUCCAGGUUCAACCGGACUGCCAUAGAGAUGAUAGAGAAGGAAGGAGCUUUCAAAGUCGGCCAAGGACCGGUGCCUGAAUUGUCAGAAAGGAUGCAGAGAGAGAUCUGCAAAGAGCUGGAACUCCAUAACCGCUUGUUCUUCAAGAUGGUGGGAAAGGACCUGGGAUGGAGGUGUAGCCCUCACCAAACUCUCGGCAAUUGACGGCCAAAGCCCCGACGCAGAGCGAAAGAUAGGGCUUGUUUUUGUUUCUCUUGCAAGGGAAAAUCUGACGGUUCCUGUUCAAUGGUAAGAAUUGAAUAGAGGUUACAGGCGUUGUUGGAUCAGAAGUUACAAACCCUAGAGCUAGAUAAACUUCUUGAAGUUUGUCAAUGUCCACAGGGACCCCAGAGUAGCCUCCAUGUUUCAUCGUAGUCCUGCACUAACUAUGUUUGUACUUUAUGAUCUAACCACCAAUAGACUAGACUAGAGGACAAUGAAUUGAAAAAAAUCAU